AAGGGGGGUUCCCAUACCUGACUCAGCGUCGUAUUAUCUGCGAUCUUAAUAUAUCACGUACUAAGGGACCAGUGUUCCUGUAACUGCUUCGACUCUGCUAAUUCUACACGCUACAUUAAACAGAAUGAAAACCAUGAACUAAAAAAGGGCAUUUACGCUAGUAGAAGGUAUUUAACCAUCAACAUAAUUAUAUUGAACAACGUGGAAAGAUGCUCUCCCCACUUCAUGAACAUCCCCUGGAGCAGGUCAAUCCUAUGGAAGUGUAUAGACCAUAUGGAGGACGGUGGAAGUGUGACAACUGCAAUUCUGAGAGUGGUGGGAUGAACCCUUUUCCCUUCCACUGUAGACUGUGUUCUUUCGACCUGUGCUAUUCUUGUAUGAACAUACAGCAUCAGGCAAGCAACUUGAUCCAUCGGCAUCAGCUGUAUUACAUGGAGACCAGUCGACUAUGUUAUCAAAAUCAGGACGGAAUUUGGCGGUGCGAUGUUUGUAAAAAGACAAGUGAUGCACUGAGAGAAACAUUCUCAUACCACUGCCCAAAUUGUGAGGACUUUGAUGUUUGCCGCAGCUGUUAUGAGCCUAAGAGGCAUCCUAUCCAUAUUCAUGAGCUUAAAGUGGUUGACACGUCACUAAUCUAUUCUCAAACUGGUGGAAACUGGUUUUGUGACAUCUGUGGGACCACGAGUAGGCCAUAUGAAAACUUCUCUCAUCAUUGUGGAGAUUGUGAAUUUGAUGUGUGCCAAGAAUGUUUUAGGCCGCAUACUACACCUCUACAUGAACACCCGCUAUACAAGGCAGACUCACAUCAUGUGUAUGCGCAAUUCAGUGGUGGCUGGCGAUGUGAUCGUUGUGAAUCCGUGCACAAUAACCCCACGGAUAACAAACCAUGGCAUUGCCAAACAUGCGAAUUUGAUCUUUGUCAUGACUGUAUGAGUACAGCAAUUGAAGCUGCCGAUCAAACAGGCCCAUCACCAGGACAUGUAGGCAGAAAUAGGGGAUUUGCCCUGCUCAGAACAGGGCGGCAACCACAAGAGAACCCUUGGGUUGUUAGAAAUCGCUUGACACCAACACCAAACAGUGAGUCUGCCUCACCGUUACCAUUUGUGACAGAGAAAGGCAACACUCUUGCUUCUCCAGAAGACACAGAUGACAAUUCCAAGUGCAUCAUUUGCAUGGAACAACCCAAAAAUGCUACAGUCAUACAUGGUGACACAGGACACUGCUGUUGUUGCUAUGCCUGUGCGCAAGUGCUCAAACAAAGGGGGGACCCUUGCCCGAUUUGCAGGGCCCCUAUUGAUCAUGUGAUCAGGCAGUUUAAUGCUUGAGGUGAAGUACCAUGCAAGGUCAGCUGAAGAGUAACCUAAGUAGAAAUACAUUUUGAUCAUCAAAUAACCACUUAGUGACAAUAAGUCUGGGGGUUGUAGAUGAAGAUUAGUUUAAUGUCGUGUAACUGAUAUCAUUUUAUUUCAUGUGCCACUUUUCAUGUCUCUUUUCCUGAUUAAAGCACCAUGAAGGGUAUAUAAGACAUUUUCUAGGUGCACAUUUGAGAGAACCAUCAAAUAGCAUUCCACCGAGUACAAGUAAACACAAAAUAAAGUCAGAUAUGAAGAUAAAAUUCUUAGUUAAGACUUGAAAAAAAAAAAACUAAAAUUUUGUUACUUUUUUUUUUGCCUAAUUUAACCUUUUAAAAAAAAGGUAGGGUCAGUUUUAGGGUAUCAAUGAGGGUGAAAUCUCUAAAUUAAACAGAUAAUUUUACGCUUAAACAUAAGCCUUUCUAAUUAUAGUAUCUUGAUUUUGGCUUCAAAGGGAAGUAUAGCCAAAGUUUAAAAUCUUAUCUAAUGUAAGGAUUUUAAAGGAAACGACAUUAAAACCAAAGAACAAUGAUAUCAACUACUCGUCCUGAGUUUUGCACCUGCACAAGGCAUGGUUUCUCUGCUCGAAGUAGCUCAUCGGUUUUGCGGAAGAAAAAAAAAGCUGGCUACUCACAAAGUAUGCUGUACUGCAUAUUUAUGCUCUCUGGCAGCUUACAUCAACUGGCUAAAUACCAAUUUCUUGUUUGGUUUGCUUGUUUGUAAAACGCAAGGGUCGCUUCUAAAAUGCAAAUAACACUGAGACAUGUACUUUUUCAGUAUUCCCUGAUAAUUUGCUGUUACAAUGUAUACAGUUAUAUUCCUGGGUGGCCAGAGAGCCCCUGUGAGAGUAGUGUCGUCAUCCUUUCCUAUUCGAGUGAUUAUACAAAUGUAUCUACAUUUACCAGGUAGUUUCAUAGUGUCUUUCAAAUGUAGUUUAUAGUUAACAGUUAUUAGCAGAAGUGGAGGUGAUUUGGGUUGAUGUUUACUUAGCCACAAAGGUGAAUAACUCUGAAUAACUGUUUGAGUAUAUACCACACAGAAAUCAAAAUUUGGUCAAAAUUACAAAAAAUGGUUGGGACUUAAACUCUUGACGUGAGAUUUUUUUAAUUACUUCCAAACUAGCGAAUCAGCGCGUGCGAAAAGGAUUAAUCACCUAUGUGACAUAUACGAAAGCAUAAUAUUACAUCAUAUCUCUAAAAUAAUUGGAUUAUCGUAAGCAGAGAUUAAAGCAGGCUGGUGUAGUCUGGAAAAAACGCGUGAAGCAUUUAAAAAAACAUUUACCCGUGUUGCAACGAAAUGAUUUAAAUCACUUUAAGAUAAUCUUACGAAUUUUUUCGAACUUUUGGAUUUCACAUUUUUAUAAGCAGGUUUAGUUCAGUUUCUUCUAUCUCCUUUGCACAAAGAUUAAGGCAAUUGUAUGUGUUUAAGUAAAAGGUUAGAUGUUGACAAUUCCUUUAAAUCUCCAGAUUUAAGGUAAUAAUUAACAAAUAUUCACGUCAGUAUUGGUGGUCAGUCGUCUUAGUAUAUACUUAAAGAGCGAGAUAACAUAGCACAAAAAAAUGAUUUUAUAACAUAGCUAGUAACUUUGUCUGAUCAAAUUCAGUUGCGCGAGCGUGCUUCAUAUUCCUAUUGUGCACGCUCAUGACGUCAGCAAACAAAUCCUUCGACAAAAAUUUUCCAUCGGGUUGAAAAUGGUUAUAAAACAAGUGGUUCAUACGUCAGCUGUGCGUUCAUCGAGACAUGAAGCACUUGGGAAGCAACUCUUGCGCAUCUUUCGUGUUCUCCGGACUUCCCGCGUACUUCAUAUCUAGAUGAACGCACGCUGACGUAUGACCCAAUUGUUAAUUAACUAAUUUAUUUCUGCAACGAUUACUAUACUUUCGGUUUCCAAAUCCCGCACGGGUUGCCACAGGAAGUUUAAGUAGCCAAUCAGAGCGCUUUUAACGCCAUCCACUGUUUUAGCACUUACUAAUAGCUAUUAUCAAUUCAUUAUUAAUAUCUAUGACCGUUCCUUGAGUAGCUUAAGAUUAAUAGCUUAGGAUUGAUAAGUUGUCCAUAAUUUUUGGUGUUGACACUCCUGUUAUGUAGUCACAUUGUUAUUUUUAAACUACUGUAAUUAUAUGAAAGUCAUAUAUUUGAACUGUGGAUGAAGACGUGAAUAUGAAAGCGAUCUUCGCAUUACUAGUAAUGAACGCUACUUGAGCAGGAGUGAAAAAAAAAUUCAGGCCCGUACGGGAUCCUGUACAGGCCUGAAUUUUUUUCAGGCCUUAUUUUCACCACUGCUCAAGUAGUGUUCAUUACUGCGUAGAUCAUUUUCUAUUCCCGUUGUUAUUGUUAUACAAUGCCAGUAGCCCAUCAUCCAAGGGAUGACAAUUCAUGUAACUGUUGUGACUGGUUAGAAUAAAUUUUACUGUUAUCAUA